AUGAAUCAAAGAAGAAGCAAUAAUCCAAGUAAAAAAUGGUUUAUGUAUUUAUAUCGUAAACUUAAAAUCUGUAAAAAGCGCCGAAAAGAAAAUUGUCCAAUAUGUCAGAAAAUCAUUUCAAAUAGUUCAUUGUAUCAUUUUAACAUACAUGUAGAACAAUGUUUAAAUAUGUCUGAAUUGCGAACUAAGAUGUACAACGAAGACGUGGCAAAUAUAGAUAGAGAUGUUGAAUGUGCAAUUUGUCUGGAAAAUAUGGAAUCUGGACAAAGAAUAGCUCGACUUCAGUGUUUAUGUAUAUACCAUAAGGCUUGCAUAGAUUUAUGGUUAAAUAAAAAUAUAUGGUGCCCAAAUCAUCCACCUCUAUAA